AUGGGAAACUUUUACACCAAUUUGUGCAUCAAAAUAACAGACCCCGGGGGCCGCAUCCAUGAGACUCCUACGCCUGCCGGUGUGCCUGCUGUAUUUGUUACAAUCUGGGCCCGGGAAAGAGCCACAUUUGCAGAUACAGAGUGCUGGGAUCUCAGUGCAGGGAAUUUAAAAUGGAUCAUACAAGGUCCGAUCUUGGCUGCUACAGUGGCGAACUUUUUUCUUUUUAUUAAUAUUGUUAGAGUAUUAGCAACCAAACUGAGAGAGACCAACGCAGGGCGAUGCGAUACGCGACAACAGUACAGGAAGCUGCUGAAAUCGACGUUGGUGUUGAUGCCUCUGUUUGGAGUUCACUAUAUCGUCUUCAGCGUUCUCCGGGUCAUUGGAAAAAAAUCCACGCGGCCAAUAAAUUCUGCCCGGCUCAGUCUACAGGAUGAGUCAGAAGGAGACAAUCUGGUUGGCCAACGUUUGCAGUCAGCUCUGCCCGGGGUCAUCGGAUUUUUUGUUGCUAUCAUAUACUGCUUCUGCAAUGGGGAGGUACAAGCAGAGAUUAAGAAAUCUUGGAGCAGGUGGACCCUGGCACUCGAUUUUAAGAGGAAAGCCAGAAGUGGAAGCACAACGUACUCUUAUGGACCUAUGGUCUCCCACACGAGUGUCACUAACGUCACCACAAGGGGACCCUUGGCCUUGCACCUCAACACGAGAUUCGUGUCCGCAGCCCUGAACGGCCACAGGAACUUACCAGGCUACGUCAAGAACGGCUCAAUCUCUGAAAACUCCAUACCGUCCUCAGGACCGGAGCAGUACAACAAAGACGAGGAUUAUCUCAACGGCUCCGGAGUUUACGAUGCUGAAAGGCCCGCAGCGGAAGUUGUGGAGGAAGAGCGAGAGACCGUUAUGUAAAUAUUUUCACGAGCGUCCAAAGUUUUCACACCCUAGAAGGAGGAAAUUUGAACA